AUGGACAAGAUCUGCCGGGGAUCGCGCAUCGGCCACGCGCACGGCCGAGGACUCUGGCAGCAGAUCGACAAAUCGGGGGUGGACUUUCGCCGCGGGGGUUUCGUGACCCACACGUCCCCAAAGCUGGAGAACACGGUUCCAAGAAGGUUCAGCACUGGUGUCGUCCCGACAGCCUUUGCCACGGACACCUUCCGUGAGUCACAGGAUUGGUUUCGCCACGAGAGCGGGGCUCCCCGACCAAGGACGCCGAAUGCCACGCCCCGCAAUGCAUCGCCUCGGGGCGAAAGAGGCCUCUUUGGAAGCCGCUCGCCACGGUCUCUAUCGCCGCGCUCCCCUCUUCGAAGGAGCAUGUCAGCGCGGGCGACAUUCCGGGACAAGCCAGCUAAUCUCUUCGACCGUGCUGAUGAGUCGUUCUGGCUCAGCCCUCGCACACCGAGGAAUCUGAGCAAGGUGAAGUCGGAGAUAGAACUCACUGUGCCGACUCGGGGCGGCGGCGGCGGCGGCAGCUUCAGCCGCGGCAGGUCCGAAUGUUUGCCAGAUCGGAUGAGUGCACGACAGCUCAGUGCUCGGGCAGACAGCGCACGACCACUAAGUGCCCGCGUGGAUGCGAGCCCUCGACAACGCGAUGUUAGUCCUCGAGACACGCUGGGACAGGAUCGAGACUGCCGAAGUCCGAGCGCAGCAUCAAGGGUGCCCAGUCCCAACUGGAACAUGUCCGAGGACUGGAUGGCGUACUCGCGCCCACGUGAUCCCAGCCCGGUUGCGGUUAAAGCUGACCGCACGAUGCCGUCGUCGAACUUCAGCUCUGCAGUGCGGCGAAUGCACAGUGGCAAGAUCACAAGGAACUCGGAGAAUUGGUUGAGGAUGAACGGCGAGGAUGCCAAGCCGACAGCUGCGGCCAUUGCAAACAGCGAAAAUUUUCAACUUUCCCGCGGAAAGAGAACGGGCUUGAACAAGGACCCUGAGAUCGCCAAGAAGCUGAUGCGCUUCGAAGCACACAGGGUGCCAGAGCCACCACCGAACAAUCGUCGACACCAGUUCUCGGAGAAUCCUCAGGCAGCGAAGCAUGUGGAGGAGCUGCGUGCUCUCAGCCCGCGCAGACUGGCCGAUGCCGCCUUGGCCGACACCCUGAGCCCAGCAGGAAAGGCAUCCGCAACGGUGUCAGUUCAGCAUCGAACCAGUGGCGAGAUGGCGGCGGCCGUGCAGCCGGAGCUCUCGCCACGGCGAGGGGGCGCAGAGAAAUACUUGGUGGGCGAUGAGCUGGUGGACAUCGAGAACCGUGGCUUGCGCAAGAGCCAUGCCACCAAGAAGGUACGAAGUCGACAUCAUUGCAACUCCGAUGAGGUGCGUGAGCACAUCCAGCAGGAUCCCACAAGCUCGGCCAUCCCGAGCUCACGCUCCGAACGGGAGCGAAGGGUGCACGUCUUCGGAGACUUCUCCGUCGUGCCAGCCACGAUGCCGAAGGACACAGCGUACAUACACUCUGGCUUACGCGUCGUGAGGUAUCAAGUUCGCUCUCCGGGCACCUUCUCUCCGAAUGCUCCGCGUGUGCGGGCAAUUGAGACCCUGAGCCGCAGCCCAAGGCUGUGA